CGUGUGCGCGGCGCUCCGCCCGGGGCGGUUGCCUGGCAACGGCGGCGCCGGGCCGCUUCCGGUCGGUGGCGGCCUCCUCUUCCUCCUCCUCCUCCUCGUCCGCCCCGCAGCGAUGAAGGCCGCGGACUGGUGCCUGAGCUCGGCGGGGGCUGCCGUCGUGCUGGCCACCUCCAGCGACGAGAAGUACCCCCCCGAGAACAUGGCGGACGGAAGUUCAGAAACCUUUUGGACGACGACAGGGAUGUUCCCGCAGGAAUUCAUUAUCGCUUUUCCUACGUGUGUCAAAAUCAGCAAAGUCACAAUUCAGUGUUAUUUAGUGCGGACUUUAAGGAUUGAAAGAAGUGUGUCUAAAGAACCGGUAGAUUUUGAACAGUGUAUUGAAAAAGAUUUGCAAUACACAGAAGGAGAGCUUCAAACAGAAGAAUUUCCGCUUCCUGAUUUCCAAGCCACUUACUUGCGUUUCAUCAUCAAAUCUGCUUUUGAUCAUUUUGUAUCGGUGCACAGGGUGAUGGCAGAGGGCACAGCAGAAAACAUGUAAAACCAGGUUAAAUUUGUACUUCAAAAUGUUUUGUAAUGAAUUUAUAUUUUGAUAUCUGUAGCACAGAGAAUAUUUAUUAUUAAAACUUUGUAUUACAGUGUUUUUGGAAGAUAUAGUAUGUGUUCCUCACCAGUUUAAUGUAUGUAACGCAGUACUCUUGUUAACUGUAGUACCAGCUGUCUAGUUUUACAAUCGAGAGUGUAAACGCUGCUUUUUGCUUACCCCAUAACACUUGAACAUAACUGAGUCCAUUUAAAUUAUUGUAUUUAGAUCAAGCUUUCCUAAUAUAUGAAUUAAAACUUGAUUUCCUGUGAAAUGUUUCCCUUGCACUCUGAGUUAAAAUAGAAAAGAGUGCGUAAUACAUAAAUGUGAGGUAUUAUUUCCUACUGUAAAACAAGUCCUUCAGAAAUUCUUUAAUUGGUAAUUCUUCUGAUCAGUUAAAAAUCAACUGUUAGAAAUUAAUAGGAUCAAUAUAAACUUCUGCUAAUGCUUAUAAAUAACAAGGGGAGAAAAAAAGCUGAAGCCAUAUGAAAUUUUUUAAUAGUUUUUAAUAAUUGCAGCUCAGUCGCUUGUUUCUAUAAAUAUUUUCUAAAAUCAGGUCAUAGCUGUCUGUGCUUUAUGCUAUGACUGUCAUAACAAAUAUUAAUAGAAACAAACAUUAACAGAAAUUGUCCUAUUCAGAAGCCUUCUGAAGUCUUUGAAAGUGAACAUUUAGGAAAAUUAUAUGUAUACAAAAGGGAAUCAUAUGAAAUAUGAUUAAUAUCAUAUGAAAUUGGUUGUUUUGUAUGUGAGUGCACUUUUACAGACGUCACCACCCGGAAUUCUUUCCUAUACAAUACUCCUUAAAGAUGUAAAUGGUAUCCAAUCUUGACAGCUCAAUGGACCCUAGUACUAUUUGUUACUGCAUAUGGUAUAAGCAUAUUAGAAUACUAUAAUGCAGUAGCUGGGGUUGUAGCAAUGAGACUUGAAAGCCUCUAGACAAAUACGUGAUCAACCACACUACAGAUGUUCUUACUUUAGAUGCACACACAUUAUUCUUUUUCUAGUUGUUUCUAUUGUUAAAUUGGCUUUUUUUUUUUUUUUUUUUUUUUUUUUUACAGUUAGUGUACAAAAACAUAUUCAUUGAGCUUCUUCAUCCAGAUAGUUUUUACCCUGAAGUCCUGGUUUUCUUCUUUUACUUCAUUUUUUCCAGGAUGGCACGUAUUUCCUGGGGGUGAUAAUCCCAAGGCCCUACUCCUCCCUGCAAAGGGAAAAGGUUAUAUGGUAAUGUUGAAAAGCACAGAAGUCCUUUCGAGCAUCAGAGCUGUGAGCAGGUGUGCUUGGGCUUCCUUUGCACGGCAACCGUCGCAUGGGAGAUGGUGUAUGCACAGGUUACACCCUGCUGUAACUGGGACUGGGCCAAAGUCUUGAUCCUGGAGCUGGGACGUGUUCCUGGAUCUCACAGUUUAGCCAUACCUAGUUUUUCUAAACAACCAGAGGACAAAUAUUUGAGCAGGACUGAGGUGUACAUCAAAUAUGCACGUUAUAAAGGCCCAGGCUGGUUUCGUUGCUAAUGCUUUUCUCUGCAAAGUUACAGUGAAAUGUGAAAUUAUUAGCCAUGAAACCGAAUGAAAUACUGACUGUUAAAUAAAAUGUAAGACAUUCUCUACUUAUUUUAAAAGUUAAAAAUCUGAAUAUAUUGUGCUCGUUGUUGUUGUUAUCUUUUACCUUGUAGAUGACCUUCCCUCCUUGAAGUAGAUACAAUCUUUCUGGCAGUGCAGCAUAUUUUGAACUGCUCAGGUUUUCCAUAGUGUCUAAAACCACUGGACAUAAAGGAUUCUUUUCCUGAAGAAACUCUGCAGCAGUUCUUCGAUCAUCAAGGCUUCUGUGAUUUUUAAUAACAACAUUGUUUUUAAAAGCCCAUCCAUCUAAAACAAAUGAAAAGGAUUUAGCAAGGAACAUUUUGAGUAGGCAUUUUUAAGAGUGGAAAUGUAGCAUAUAUAUGUCACAUCCUAAAAUUGUGUUAAAAGAAUACUGCAAUGUAUUCCUAUCACCAAAACUUACUAUGAAAUGAAAGUUCUUCCUUAGAGUAUGAGAGCAAUGCUACUUUUCAAAGAAAAGGUCGCAAGAUUUUUUUUCUAACUUGGGCAAACUGUAUUUUCGCAUUUGUCCUGAAUUCAGAAAUAGUUGAUGUGUUUUAGCUGAAAUUUCCCCACAUAAAUCAAGCCUAAAGAAACAGCAGGUGUGGAAGAUGCAUCACAUCUGGAUGAAGUUUAUUAAAACUACUGGCACAGAGAAGUAGAUUUUAAAAUGGUAAGUAGUGCUAUUAGCUGAUACCUACUCAGUUAGCAUAGUUUCAACAACAGAACUGUUUGUUUUGCUUGAUUCUACUCGUUAAGCCUAUAAAAACAAAUCUCAGAUCUAUGAGAACCGAAACAUAUUUGGGAAAUGGUCUGUCUGCUCUUUUCAGAAAUCUAGAAGUACAUAUUUGCAUACAACUCUUCCUAGUAAAAGAGAAUCUAUUAAAAGUUUUUGAGAAAUGACUUAGUUUUUAGCUAUUGCCAAACUACUGAAAAUGCCAUAAUUUUAAGAGUACUUGAAAACUGUAAAUGUUACAUUUUACAAAACUGCAUUAAUCUUGGGAUAAAAAUCUGUGCGAAUGCAUUUACUAAAAUUCAGUGUAGAUAAAAGACUGUAUAGUUUCUUGUGCUGACUUUUUCAAACUCAAGUCUGCAUCUGUCCUUGAGACAUGUUAAAAUUAUUUAUACUAACUAUACUGUUUUCUGGAACACUUAAUACAUGCUGGUAUCAUAAACUUAAACUUUCUUCUAUGAAAUGUUUACGCUUUUUUUUUCCCCCCCCAAAGCAGUUGCUGUCUAAGACUGUGAGGCAGUUUUGUAAAGAUUUAACUAUGUGCUUAUGCUUCACUUCACACAGAUGAGUGUCUUCAGCAGGAGUGCCUCACUGUAAGGUCAGAUGUGUAAGUAAAAAUCUUUGCACAAUGAUGGACUCAAAUUGUUUCCUAAAUUUGGCAUUGUGACUUUUGAUUUCAGCAAGACUUCCUUUCGUUUGCAGUUCCCUCCUUCGCUAAUUUUUUCCCUGAAGCGAAUGAUGUAUGUCUAAGGCUGUGACAGGCAUUAAAAUUGAUGUUUAUACUGUA